AUGGACCCCUACCCCAAAACAAGGACAUCCCGACGCGGCCCGUUGGAAUAUCCCGCUCUCGGGCCCACCUCCCCGGAAGUAACCUACGACGCAAACAGCAAACCCCGCGAGCAGGCCGUUGAACCGCACCUGAACCCCUGGGGCAAAUUCAACCCUAUCAUCAAUCACGCAACUAUCGACUUCCACGACAUAUUUCACGUAGAACCUCCGGCUAAUCAUACACUGAGAACACGAACAACAUCAGCUGACCAAAGACUUCACGUCAAUACGGCAACACAACUCACAUUUGCCCCGUGGGCAACAACCAGCUCCAACCUAGCUAUCGACGUCACUCCGCGCUCCCGCCUCCGGUUUUCAACAACGUUGACAUGGCAUAUCGUCCCGCACCCGGUCAUCCUCACUGGUUUGGGGAUCGCUGUCGCCCUCGUGUAA